AUGCACACCUCGAAGGAAAGGGAAGGUGCCUCGUCACCAGGCCCGGGUGCAUAUUAUUCGCCCAUGCAAAUGAAAAGCUAUCUGCAAGAUCUCCGUACCAACCGCCCAGCCCGUCCCACGGGUUCUCGACCUCCACCCGCACAUUUCAAUACUUGGUCCAGCAGGACAAGCAAUCACCUUACCGAUUCGCCCGCUAUAUCGCCCCUGCAGCGUACCUUCACCAACCCUAUCGCCGACGUCGAAGCCCGCCCAUCCACCUCGCACGAAACCAAAUCCCAUACCCGAAGAACUUCGAAUGUCAGCAUAGAUGGGGUCAUGGCUGGUGUUGGGCGUCCACUUGUACAGCCGCCGCGAGGUCGAGACGUGUUCAGGAGGUCUACAGACAGCUCACGAACACCCAGCGUGCAAUAUCGCGAAAGUCAAGAGCGUCAGGCAGAGCAGGAGGAAGCCCACGCUCUACGCAUAGCCAUGGAAGAACUAGAAUUGGCACAGGAGGAGAAGCUAUUCCAGGCUGCGCGCGACGAAGCCGUGGAGCUUGUAUGGAAGCACAUCAGCCCGAACGCACAGGAAGCCAGUCCUCACGCGCCAUAUGCAUAUCCUGGUUUGGCGAAGAAAGGCAGCGCACAGAGGAGUAGGAGUGUCGAGCCGAAGGAACAGGAUCUGCAGCGGGCCAAUUCGAAGCUGAGGAAACGACAUUCGAUGGGUAGUGCCGCCUCGGGCAGCAGGAGUAGCAGCUUGCAAAGCAACGGGGCGGCUAACAGUUCGGAUCCCUUGCCGCCUACAAAGGAGAACUUCGAUAGCAAGAGCAAGCCAGGGGAGUCAGCGGCACUUGCAAAGGCGUCAGCUGAUCUGCCAGACUUCAAGCAGCGACGGAGAAGCAGUGGAGCUCGGCGAACAAUCAGUGGUAGCUUAUUCCAGAACCCGAACGAUCAGAUCUAUGAGGAACCCGAAGAAGAGACCCCCAUUGCUCCUGCACCUACCCCGGUGGCCGCUGAACCCCCGAAACCUGAGAAGCUGCCAUUGGGAGUACGACGCAACCCAUUCAUGCGUUUCCAAUCGAUCAAAGGCAAUCCCAUGAUAAGAUCCAAUACAGAUCCCGUUAUGGCCACAAAGAGACUCGACCGCUACGAAAUCCAGAAGAAUCCCCCUACACAGUCACGCAAUGCUGCGUACACACUAAAUCCGCCUGUCCUUCCAAAGCCGGCUGAGGAUACAAAGUCAGACGCAGAGAACGAACCUGAGCUAAAGAUGAAGGAGGGCAAAGAGAUCCGAGGUGACGAUAUUCGUGCUGCUACCGGUUUUCGUCUUAGGGACCGCAGCCCUAAGUUACCUACUCCCACAGCAGUGUCGGAUGCACCUGGUCGACCUAUUGUCUCCUUCAAGAAGGACUGGAAUGUGGUUGAAUUAAAGGAAGAAGUCGAUUCUCAGUCUAACGCAGCGUCACGUCCUUUGGGCCAGGCAGCUUCAGUUCCCCGGCCGCUGUCCAAAGCUGCAACAGCCCCCGUUGUCCCUACUAUAAACUUUCCAGCGGAACCACACAAGCGGACUACGACUCCGUCACCACCCUCAGUUCCUGGGAUCAGUGUCUCUCCAAACCCCCCAGCUCCAUUUCCAAAAGUUGGUCGGCCUGAAAAGCCUACCAUUAGUGUUUACGAGGACCCUCCAGCAAGACCACUCCCCAACGCCAGCCCUUUCAGGAAAAUGAACACUCCUCAUCAACCCACCGCAAAAUCCAUACCAACAGCAAAUGUCUACCAGCCCUCUUCAGCGCGCUCCAAGCCAGCUUCAGCGCCUUCCAUCCCCGCGAUCUCUGUCUCUGAGAUACCAUCAAUUUCGGUCAGUGAAGCCUCCGCUCGAGUUAACCGCGUGAACGUGCCGUCUAUAGGAGUUACGCCGCCUAUUCCGAGAAUCUCCGUCAAUGAGUCUCCCGCACCAAAUAGACGUAAUCACGCCAAAGCGCCCUCCAUUUCAGUUACGCCUGAUAUCCCGAUGAUAUCCGUCAGCGAAUCGCCAGCACCAGCUCGGGGAUCCAAAGUCAACGCCCCCUCAAUAUCAGUCACUCCUUCUGUGCCUUCCAUUAACGUCAAUGGGGCGGCUGGGUUUGGACCAGCUACCUCUACACGCCCAUUGCCAAACCCUAAACACCACAUUGGAAAGUCUCAUAGUUACAACGGUACCGCGACCCCGCGACCACACUGGACACCGACCACCGUACGCACAAGCGCUCUUUGUACCCAAUGUGCCCUACCCAUCGCAGGUCGCAUUGUCUCCGCAGGAGGCUCCCGCUUCCACCCCGAAUGUUUCGCUUGCUAUCAAUGCGGUGAGCACCUUGAAUGCGUAGCUUUCUACCCCGAACCGUCAAACAAGUAUGCUGAACGCGUCGAACGAAUCCGCGCCCGUCUCUCCGGUCAGGAUAUCGCUUUCCUACCCACACACCCCACCCCAUCCGACAUGCAGCGCCUUGAGCACGACGACGGCACCGACGAAUCCCCACGCUUCUUUUGUCACCUGGAUUUCCACGAACUCUUUUCCCCACGCUGCAAAUCUUGCAAAACACCCAUCGAGGGCGAAGUCAUCGUAGCGUGCGGCGCGGAGUGGCACGCAGGCCAUUUCUUCUGUGCACAGUGCGGCGACCCGUUCGACAGCAGUACCCCAUUCGUAGAAAAAGAUGGGUACGCGUGGUGCGUCAACUGCCACACGCAUCGGUUCAGUACGAAGUGCAAGGGGUGCAGGAAGCCGGUUACAGACAUGGUUGUCAAGGCGCUGGGGAGUGAGUGGCAUGCAGGGUGCUUUGUUUGUGUGGUGUGCACCGGUCCUUUUGAAGAUGGAAGAUAUUUCCUCAGGGGCGAGUCGCAGGACCCCGUCUGUGUGCGGUGUGAAGAGCGAAGAUUGAAAGCCUAG